AAAAGAGAGAGAGACGGCAGAGAGAGGAAGUGGGGGAAGAGAUAAGAAAAAUACGGAGGAGACUAUUGAUAAAAAAAAAAUUGAACAUGACUGAAAACGAAAUUAGAUAUGAAUGUGAAAGUAAAGCAAGAAAGCGUGUGCGUAUAUAAGAUAUCUAGGAAGCUGCAACAAGUCAUAACCGUCCAGUUCAAGAGAUUCUUUGUCUGUCACUGACAGCGGUGUUAGAAUGAGGUGUUCCAGUAGUAUGAGCGAACAUCAACACAUGUUCUGUGAUAUAACUAAUCCUCCGCAAGGACUCGGCGAGAAGACCUAUGAGAAUGCCAUACUUCUUCUCAAAUCUUUGGACAGGAAAAAUUUUUACAUUAAUCUAACCAAAGAAAAACGCCACAUCUAUGAUACCAAUAAGCAUCCAAUGGUUAAUUCAUGUUUAAAGUCUUUGGGAAUUUUCCCAGAAAAAUUAGAUACUCUGUCAAUCAUUCAUGUGACUGGAACAAAGGGAAAAGGAUCAACAUGUACUUAUACCGAAGAGAUUCUCAGAAGUAAAUGCUACAGAACUGGCCUCUUCACUUCUCCGCAUAUAUUUGAUGAACGAGAUCGGAUACAAAUAGAUGGAAAAUGUUUGAGCAAAGAAAAGUUUCGAGACUAUGUUUGGCACUGCUUCGAUACCAUUAAGAAAGAUCAUUACCCUACGCUGCCAAAUUUCUUCCAGUUAAUGACAGUCAUGGCAUUUUACAUAUUCCUCAAAGAAAACGUUGAUGUGGUUGUAUUGGAAGUUGGCAUUGGAGGUGAAAAUGACUGUACAAAUGUAAUUCGAAACCCUGUUGCUUGUGGUGUCACUUAUCUUGACAUUGAUCAUAUAGUCUAUCUUGGAGACACCAUAGAAAAAAUUGCCUGGCACAAAGCAGGUAUAUUCAAGCAAGGUGCAACUGCAAUUACAGUCCUACAACAAGAUGUUGCAUUGAAAGUUUUUUGUGAUAGAGCUACUCAGAAAAUGUGUUCCCUCUACUUGGCACCCCGACUACAAAACUACAGCACUUUAAAGAACUGCCAAAUACUUCAAGAGAGAGAAGAUUGUGAACUUGAAAAUAUGUCACUUGCUAUUCAACUAGCGAGAGUGUGGAUACAGAAUCACAACAAAGCUGCAUCAGAAAGGAAAUGGGUGAAUCCCUUUAAGGGAGAGGAAAUUCCUGAGAUAGACAAGGAUGUGGUAGAUAUAAAGGAUUAUAUAACAAUACUGGAGUCUGUAAAAUUACCUGGAAGACUACAAAUUUUCACAAAAGGAAAUAUUACUUAUUAUAUGGAUGGUGCACACACAAAUGGAAGUAUGGAAUGUUGCUGUUCCUGGUUUAAGAAGAAAUCUGAACAAUGGCCAAGAGAUCAGAACAGUAAUAUAAGAAAAGCAUUACUGUUUAGUGUAAGUGGUAAACGAAAACCAAAAGCAAUGAUGGAAAUAUUAAAGAAAUGUCAUUUUGACUUGGCCAUGUUUGUGUCCAACAGACUUCAUGUUGACGAUCAAACUGACGAUGCAGGCCAAUACAAUGAUCUCGUGAUGACAUGGAUAUCUUUGUUUGAGAAUGAGACGAGUGAAACAAAGACAAAAUUUACCAGUUCCGAUGCUGUAAAAGGAUUUUCAUGCAUCAGUAAUGCUCUGGAAUGGUGCCAGUUAAAUAUGGCCAACAUUCACAAUGGAAAUCCUCGUGUAACAUCUGCUUUGAAAGGUGCAACUCAUUUACAGAUUUUAAUAACAGGAAGUUUGUAUUUAGUUGGUGAUGUUCUGAAAUCUUUGAAGAAGGUAAAUUAAGAAAUCCCAGAUGUUGUUCUUGAAUAUGGGGCAACAUAAAACAUUAAGGAUUAUUUUUAUUUAUUUAUCUAUUUAUUUAUGUAUUUAUUUAUUUAUUGAUCUA